ACUCUCAAUUUCAUCACUCAAAAUCACAAGUUAUCUAUAAUUCUGUUUCAGCCACUAUCAGCCAUCCGAUCAAACUACUUUUUGGUUAAUGACGGACAUGAUAGCAAAAGAGCGAAGGAUCCUUGUGGCAGUUGAUGAAGGUGAGGAGAGCUUGUAUGCUUUGACGUGGUGUCUCAAUAACGUAAUUACUCAGAAUUCCAAAGAUACCCUUAUACUCCUCUAUGCCAAGCCUCCAAGAUAUGUUUAUACUGCGCUCGAUGGCACGGGGUAUUUGUUUUCGUCUGAUAUCAUGACCACCAUGGAGAAGUACAAUAAUGACGUGGCUGAUCGUGUGAUAGAGAAGGCCCAUAAUAUAUGUAAAGAACAGAACACUGAUGUUAAGGUGGAGACGAGAGUAGAGAAUGGAGAUCCCAGAAACGUUAUAUGUCAGAUGGUAGAGAAAUUACGCAUUGAUGUGUUGGUGAUGGGAAAUCAUGGCCACCGUUGGAUCAAGAGGGCUUUCUUCGGAAGUGUGAGCCAUCACUGUGCACAGAAUGUGAAGUGCCCUGUCUUGAUUGUAAAGAAGCCCAAGUCCACCAAAUAAUCUGUUUCUCUUUUACUCAUUUAGUAGUACCAGUAGUGUAAAUAUGAAUGUGUUAAAAAAAAAAAAGAAAAAAACUAUAUGGUGUAUGUAAAUCUUUGUAAAUAGAGAAUGAGACAUGUGACUUGGUGUUUUUGUUUGUUUAAUCGGGGAACUUGUCCGGAUUGGUUGGAUGAGUUUUUGAAGCAUGAUAAAUGUCCAUGAAGCGAUACUAUAUAUGAGUAUUGUAAAGGUCCGAUUGGACCAUGGGCGAACCGUUGGUUCGCAUCUAGACCACAGUCUAACCUAGUUUAGGUGGUUCUUGGUUCAAGUUUUUAUAUAAAGUAAACUCUUUAUUUU